UUAAUUUUUUUUUAUAUUUCAUCCUAAUACUUUUUUAUAUAGAAUGGUUCAAAGAAACGAUCUGCAUAAAAAAUAAGCAGUUCUAUUUAUAAAAAGGAGUACAUUUAUAUUUUUUUAUGUUUUGUUGCAUUUAUAAAAAGAAAAGUUCUUGGAAGAUAAUAUUCAAGGUCUUUUUCUUUUCCUUCGUUUUUAUUUUAAAAUUACAGUUUGUUUCAUUGUCAAUUGUAUAUGAUACUGUAUAGUAACAUAAUUUUAAAUUGUACUAGUUGCACUUCCAAACAUUUCACUUAUAUCGUCGGCUUUACCAAUAAGUUAUUAUGAGUAAAUAUAUCCCUAAUUACAUUGUGUUUGAUCUAAUUUUAAUCAAGAGUGCCAAAAAUAUAUUGGUAAUAGUUUCAUAAUAAAAAAAUAAGAAAGUUCUAUUCUUGCAUCGAUUUAUUGCACAAAUAUACCUAGUAGCCCGGAUCACAUCACAGUUCUUCGGGAGCAAUUUCCUAACAUUUCAACGAGUCUACUUGUCAGUGGUGGGGAUAACUUUUUUGUUUAUAUCGUAUGGAUCAUCAGCUUAUAUUGACAGCUUUAUCUUUAUGUACUAGAAAUAUGCUUAUUAUUUUAAUGCAGUCAUUAAAAACUUUAACAAACAUAGUUGUUUUUAAUUGUACAUUUUAAUGAAAUCUGUUAAAUAUGUCUACAAUAAUACAUGAUUAUGCAAAUGAAAUAAUUGAGAAAAGUCUUUUGGGACUAACAAAAUUACAUAGUGGUCUAAGUGUACUAGAACAUUAUAAUGCAAUCUUACGUGCAGAUUAUGUAAAUAUGGUUGGGAAGGUAAAAUUAAUAUCUGGUGGCAAAGCAGAAAAUGAAUUAACAUAUACAGGAUUUGUAGGUCCUGGUAUGUUAACAGCAGCGAUUUUGGGAAAUACUUUUUGUGCACCACCAGUUAAUGACAUUUUGAAAGUUAUUGAAGAAGUUGGAUUUGAUCAUACAACAGGAAUAUUGUUAAUCAUUCAAAAUUAUGCAGAAUAUAUAAUAAAUUUUACUUCAGCUAAAUUACGUGCUGAAGCAAAAGGAUAUAAUGUUAAAAUAAUCACAAUAAAUAAUACAUCACAUUAUUCUGAAAGUAUUACUGAAGAACAAAAUUUGUUACCAUUAACUUUUAUCUACAAAAUAGCUGGGGCUAUGUCAGAAGAAGGAAAGGAUAUAAAUGAAAUUUAUUUUCUUUGUAACUCAAUUGCAAGCAGUGGAGAAAUAGUUUCUUUAAAAGCAGAAUAUAAAAAUACAUUAUCUGAGAAACAUGAAAUAGAAGCAUUUUCAAAUUUAGCUAAGCAAGCACUAAAACCUAUAAUGAAUGUAUUGAAUUUAGAAUCAGAUCAAAGUAAUACAUAUACAUAUGGAACCAAAACAUUUCAUACUGGCCAUGAGGUUGCAAUUUUAAUCAAUAAUUUUGGUUGUAAUCAAGUAGAAACAAAUAUUUUUAUCUUAGAACUCCUAAAACAAAUAGAAAAAUGUGGUUUGAAAAUGAAAAGAAUAUAUAUGAAAUCAUUGGUGACUGAAAACAUUGGUUUUCAUGUUUGUUUAUUAAAUCUUUCGUUUACUACAAUAUUAAUUAAAUAUUUAGAUCAUCCAUCAUAUGCACCUGCUUGGCCAAAAGUGUUAACAUUUGAAAUAAUGAAUAUUAAAAAUGAUGAUACAGCACAACUAAUUACAUCAAAAAGGCAUUCUAAGAAUAUUACUCCAUAUGACACAAAUAUACAUGGACCAAUAUUUAGUUAUAAAACUAGUCAAGUAUUUUUAUCCAUUAUAUCAAUGGCAUGUGAAGCAAUAAUAGCAUGUACAAAACAAUUAAAUAAAAUGGAUGAACAAUUCGGAAAUGGGAAUUGUGGUACAAGUCUUGCACGUGGAGCUAAUGCAGUACAACAGGCUAUUCAGCAAAAGAAAAUAUUAGGAACAAAUGUGUAUGCAGCAUUUACACAAAUUAGUCAAAUUAUUGAAAGAACAGUGGGUGGUUCACAAGGAGGAUUAUACUCUUUACUAUUUUACAAUGUUGCCAAAACUUUUUCAGAAUAUGAUAGUGAUAAAGAAGUAACAGCAGAUAUGUGGUUGCAUGCAUUAAAUAAAGCAAAUGAAACAAUAAAACAGCUUGGAAUAUUUUCUAUAAAUGACCAAGUACUACUAACUGUUUUAACAACAAUGGAAAAAGAUUUAAGAAAUGGAUUGAAUACAAACAUGGAUCCUAUUGAUGCAUUUGCUAUGAUUGUAAAAACUGCUGAAAACUUUGCUAUAAAUACUACCUACACACAGUCUUUGCAUAGAGGAGGAUAUGAAGAACUUAAGUAUCCUAAUCCUGAAGCACAUGCAGUGGGUAUAUGGAUGAGAGCUGCAUACGAAGUUACUAAAUUAAAACUGAAUUAUAAUUAAAAAAAAAUGAUUAUAAUUAAAAAACAGAUAUAUUUAUUAUAUCCCUUAUUCUUAAAUGAUCUAUGUAAUUUGUAAGUUUAUAAUAUUAUUUUUGCAAAAUUAAUUGUAUAUAUGCUACAAUUUUAUAUGAUUUA